AGAAUCACCAGUCUUCGUCUUCUUUUCAUAAGAAGAAGGCAGCACUCUGAACGGAAUACAGAUAAAUUCAGAUGCAAUCGGUUUUGUUGUAACUGAAGAACUAACAAAUAAAAAUUGUUUGAAAAUAAAAUAAAUUUUUUUUGUCUUACAAAAAUCACAAUUGCGAGAAAUUGAAAACGAAAGAAACAAAAAAAAAAUUGAAUCUUAAAGUCUUAUAGAUUUUAGCCCACUUUUUCCUCUCUCUCAGUCGAUUGUGUGGAGUAAAUAAUUGUAAAUUUUUUACAUGUGGUCGGUGAUUCGUACAUAUUUAUAACUGAACGAAUGUGACAAAAAAGUGAAUCGUUUUGCAAGAAGAAAAUGUUUUUAAAAAAAAUCAGUUUUUGUUACUCAGUUUAAUUAUAUUUGUCUAAAAUAUAACUACCAACGAUCGACUCGGUGUAUAAUUAUUUACACAAAUAGACAAAAAAAGAACCAUCUGAUUACAUAAAAAAAUCAAAAUCUCGUGAAUUGAACUCUUCAUCUUUCGUGUUGAAUUUGAACUUAAGCCGACUUCAACAGAGUGUUGUAAAAAGAUUGUGAAGUAAAUAAAAAACCAGCAACCAGCAUUGCAAUAUCUUUCUCAUGGUUACAAAUAUUAUGUGGUGCUGACUGUAAAGUGGAUAAGUUUUUUUCGUUUUGGUAUACAUACCUCGAACUGAAAACCAAAACAAUAACAAAGAAAUACCAUUGACUGAGUGUGUACAUUAUACAUAGCUCUUAUAAUAUACCGGUUCUGCACUGAGGCAUUCAGUCUUGCCAAUCAACUUAUACGAAGAAAAAAAUAAUCAGGGGAUUUUUUUUCACACAAAAUCAAGAAAACCACCUAACCGUUAAUAGCCGAUGAAAAAUUCAAUUGAAAAUUAAAGUAUUAAAAUAUCCCAAGAUCGAUAAUUAGCAGUGGUGAUUCGACAUCGAAUAUACGCUACACAUUCACCGCGGGACCGACAUCAAGCAUAAAAUACAGUAAAUUUGACCAAAGUCCGAACAUUACGACAGUAAUUGUUGAGCGAUAAUUGCCGUAAGAAUAAUGAUAAGCGUUUCAAUAAAUAUUUAAUUUAUUCAUUAAACGCGGUUUGUGUGUAGACACCGAAGUCCGAAGUGAUUAAUACAACAAACCUCAAUAUAAAUUUCAUUCGAACGUUAUUAAUAAAUGCGGUGUGUGUGCUGUUAUUAAUAUAUUGGCGUACUUAAUGUACAAUGGACAUGAUUGUUGGCACAAACAAUUUUUUUUUUCAAAUUAUGUUUACAUGGACAAUUAAUGUUUACGACAAAGACAAAUUUUCCGGUUAAAAACUUAAUUUAACGAAAAGCGAAAAUUUGUUGUUUUAUUAUGUUGGUGACACUGUAAGAACACUUAAAACAUAACGAAAAUAAUAAACGGUUUGUCUGUUACACUCCACUUAAGUGGGAAAAUCAUUGUUAGGGCCACAGAGAGUCAAUUGAGUGAUAUAACAUAAAACAAAUUCAAAUUUUUAUGUUUACGUUAACAGACUGUUGUGCAUUGUUAUCAGAAAACUACCGACAAAACGUGACCCACAGAAAACGUUUAGUUUUAUGCGCGAAAAAAGAGAUAAUAUGACGGGAUAAAGACUUCGUUGUAAUCGCAAAAAAAAAAACAACAAACAUUCUUUCGUCGUGCACGUGGAAUAUUGGUGAACUAACAAGGAAAAAUUCCACCGCAAAAUUAAUCGAAAAUUAAAAUUGCAAAAAAUAAGAGUCUAGCAACAAAACAGCCACUUAACUCUUUAAAAAAAUAUUUAUAUUUAUUGCAUCAUUAGCAUAUUAUGUGGACAUUGGACAAUAACAAUUGUACAGUGGAGCGUGUGCUGGAACAGUUUAAAUACCGGGAUAAUUAUAGUGCUAAUUGCUAAGCAAAUAAAUAAAAAAUAAAAAUUGGUGCGCCUAAAUACACGCGACAUUCGUUUCGUUUAAAAAACGAUAACAUUCGAUAAUUGAUGGGAUAAACAGAAUUUGAAUGAGUAAAGAACGUUUACCCAUCGCGAUUUAAAGUUCUAAUUUUUUUUUUGUUGUUGCGUCAGCCUAACACAAAAACUUUAAAUAAUAACAAGAAGUCUUGAGAGGCGCCGGUCAAGUCAGCACAUUCUAAUCAGCUGUCUAGCUAAAUCACUUUCAUUCUGAUCGGCACACAAAUCUACCAGCAAGUGAAUUUUAAAAAUCAGGUUAAAAAACUUUGCAUCAUCAAAGAAAUCUUUGACAGCCAACCGAGAAGAAGAAGAAUAGAUUCAAACGAUAGAUGUGAACGAACCCCAAUCGAUAUAACAAUUAAAUGUUUAUUUUUAGACAGCCUCGUAUUAUAAAUGGAAACAAGUUUUGUUUUUUUUUUCUCUCUCUCUCUCUCUCUCCGUAUAUCGAUGUGACUGAAUAGCAUCAACUCCGAAAUUAUAAUACUCAACCAAAACAAUUCAUAAUUCGAGCGGUUUUUUUUUUGUUAUAAUCAAUGUGGGAAAAUCCUAAUAGAACCGCUUUACAACACACACUCUAAAUUGUAAUUCAAAUCUUUUGGUGUCGCUUUUUUUUGGUUCUGUCUCAGCUGGUUUAACUCAAACGAUACAAAAGCCCAGAGCGCGCGUAUAAACCGAUAUUCGAUUCAAAAGCACACCAAUAUUAUCGGAACGGAUGAGUGUUUGUAUAAAAUGAUAAUUUAUGUGCUAUGCUGAACACCAUCACCAAAAGAGAGAAACGACAAUACACAAAAAAAACUUACCAACCAGCGAUAAUGCCAAUCUGCUUACAACCGCCAACGCGUGAAUGUCUAUUGCUCUGAAGUCAUAUUCAGUUGAAAAAGACGAAAAAUCGGUAAUUUUUGUUCGAAUUAAAUUUUAAAACAACUUAAAAAAAAUCAAAGUUCAAGUUCCGCGCGCGCCUACAACAUCUAAUUCGACAAACGGAUUUUUGAAAAUUAAUUUUUUUUUUGUGAUUUCGCUUUAUGAAUCGGUUGAAUCGAUUACAUUAUAUAGCAAGACGUGAAGAAUGAAAUUCCAAUUUUUUUUGGCUGUUUAAUUGAAAUCAAAAUUGCCAAAGAUCAAGGAGUGUGUUGUAUAUUACAUCGUACGACUGAACGACUCAAAUGACUCACCCAUCACAGCCAAGUUGUAAAGAAAUUGUUUUUUUUUUGUGUUUUAUUUAGUGGCGGAUGACAUUCAGAUUUAGUGAAUUUUGGACUAACAAUCUCGGAUCAAUAUCAUUUGCAUAAUAAAAAAAAAUUGGACAAAAAAGUAACUUUAAGCCGCCCAUAUGAUCUGGCAGCAACCUCUAAAUGAAACAUAUGACUCGUUGACACCUGUGAAUAUGAAUUUAAUACGAGAAAAGUGUUUACGUAAUUAGUGUUAAAUAGACGAAAACCAAAGAGCGUUACAAAUAAACAAUUUAUUCUCAUAACACCAGUCACACCAUACUAAGCAAAUAAAAAAAAAAUUAAAAAAAAUUAAAAACUAUGUUUAACCAUGGCCGUCGAUUACAUUAUCGCCUCCGUACUAAUAAUAUCAGCGAUAAUAAAUGCGCUGGCCCUCGGAGCAUUUUGGGUGACACCGAGUCUCCGUACCACAGCUAAUCGUUUCGUCAUCAAUUUACUUAUCGUCAAUCUGGUCGGCUGUGCCGUACUCAUACCGUCGCUGUUCGUGUGCGGCAAUUCCAUCGACAAUAUUGUCGACGCAUUGCCGGCCAGAUCAAUUGUCGAGAAAAUAAUCACCGAAAAUGUGACCAUUGAGGAUCGGAUCGAGUGUGCGAACCGAACGGUGGACGGUCGCAAUUGUUCCGGUUGGAUCAUUGAGAAUGAGAAGAAGAUCGUGAUCCAGGAAAUUGCGGAAAGUUUCGACAGUGGUGAUAUGGAUGCGAGCAAAGUGGUGGGAAGGCAACGGACUAGAUGCUGGGGAUUUGAUUUGGCCACGGCGUUGGGUUCGUUGUCGGUGCUGCUCGUCGUUGGAGACACCUGGUGUGCCGUUACCGAUCCUUUACGCUAUCAUACACGUGUGUCGGAAUUGAAGGCUUGGAUAUUCAUAGCGGCCACCUGGUUCGUUAGCAUCCUAUUUGGCAUUGCGUCGGCAUUUCGCAAUGAAAUGUUUUGGUAUGGCGUGGGUUCAACCAUUACAAAUUUCACUGUAACAUCUGCUCCGUCGAACAGCAACGGCUAUCGAGUCAACGAUAAUUUAUUAAAUUUUAUUUUUUCGUGCACCUAUUUCGUUGUGAUCAUUCUGCUGCCGAUCGGUCUCGUUUGUGCCAUGUACUGGAAAAUUUUCACCGAAGCCAGACAGAAUGGCUUGCGAAUGCGACAGAACGGUUCGUCACCGUUGCUGCAAAGUGCUUUAAAUUUAGCUGCUGCAUCGACUGUUGUGCAUCAGAAUUGUGCAAACGGAACGGGAGGUGCUAGUGCUGGACUGACUAUGAAAAUCGAUAAAAAUAUUCCGAAGUCGACAACACCGCCAACGAGCACGCGUCGCUACCUGGAAAUACCGAAAACGAAUACGAAAGAUAAAAAUCAGAACGUCCUCAUGACCUUCGUGCAACCGAUCCAGACAACCGAUCAACAGAUGCGACGAAAUUGCAGUGCGCGUCACUUGAUGCUGCUCGAACAGCAAUCGGGAACAAUGAACGGCACCAGUUUACGGCAUGUCCAUUCCACGCCAAAUCUACAAAAAUCUCACGACCAACAAUUGAACCACAAUAUUGCCGUGCCGACAAGCUCUCACAUCCCACCGAAGGCAUUGGGCUAUAUGACAUCGAUACGGCACCGAUUGUCAAACGCAUCGUCAAUAUUCAAAUACCGCGAAGAAUCUCGAGCGGCACGGAUCAGCAUUUUGGUGGUCAUCAUGUUCUUGGUCUCUUAUUUCCCAUAUGGACUGCUGAUUCUCCUACAAGAACGUGUCAUUUUCAUCGACAGUUCGUCCGUGCUGCCGGUGUGUUUCGUAGUCGUAGCAAACCUUAGCUCACCGUUCAUAUUUGCCUAUCGCAAUAAGCGUGUACGACGCGGUGUGUGCAGACUAUUCGGCAUUGAUGCCAAGACUAACGAGCGACUGCAACGCCACCGGAAAUCGUUGCAUCAAAGCAAAGCGAAUGUCCAGAGAAGCGUCAGCAAGGCGUCGACAUUUUCGUUGCGACGAAAUCAAUUGGUGUGUAAGUCGAAUGGCAGCACACCGGUUAUUGUCAGUAAAGGGCAAACGGACAUCGAAUGUCUGGGAUCUCAUUAUAUUAGUGCUAAGGACAGUGACAGAACGGAGAAGUUUUCGUUGCUGAAAAAAGUGUGUAAUUCGUCGAGAAAGUGGGGUUGUACGAGACAUUCGAGUACAAGUGAUAAUUUUCCCGAUCCGACGCAUGUUUAAUGUUUAAGUGAGUAGUGAAGUUGUGUAGAGAUGAUAGAAUAAGUAAAGGAAAAUUGGACAAUUAGAAAAGACAGAGAUGAACCAAAUGCUCUUCAUUUUUCAACCGGUAAUUGCCUGUGCUUUCACUAAAACCUAAAUUUUGAGGGAUGAACCUCACUGUACAAUUGGCGUCAUACUUCAUUCAACAGCUUUUCACAGUUGUAUCAAUUAAAUGUGAAAGUUGGAAUCGAACGUUGGUCUUUUCCCUAUGUCAAAAUGACGUUUUAAACGUCAAAACAUCAAUUUCAUCAAUUCUAUUCCUAGAAUUGAAAUUGAGGAAAAAUAAUUGAUUUUGUGACUAAACAAAAUAUUUUUUUUAUUCGUUUAAAACGUCACUUUGACUUUCGAUUACAACUGUUGCCAAUAUCGGCUAAAAUGCCUAUUCAAAUGAGAGAGUUUAACGUAUUAAAAUUGAUCGUUUGAUUGUUCUUUAUAAAUUAUUCCAACGAUCUUUGCCAGCACUUUAUUGUGAUUUCGUCAUGAUCUCGAGACAAUUGACUCCCUGAAAAAAUUUCGCACGCAAAAAACGUUAUGAAAUGGAAAAAAUCUUUCGCUGAAAUUUUUACAACGUUCAAUCAAUCUAAUCAAGUGACAAAACGAACGAUGAAAUUGCUGGCGGGCCGAUUCUCAAAGCAUUCGUAACGUGACAGUUGUUAUGUUUAUACACGUAACUGUCAAAUUAUGAAGAGCGUUUUGCUCUUUAAGAACUAAGUGAACUCGUCUCAUGUUCUCACAAAAUUUGGGUUUAAGUCUACGCUUAAGUAAGCAUUGCCACUAAUGAUGAAUCUCUACUAAAAAAUAGGAUAACAAAAAUGCUGUGAAUUUACUUAGUUUUUAAUUAUUGAAUCAAAUGAAACAGUUUACACUUUUAAAUGAACGGUUGGUGCUAUAACGGUUGAGAGUGAUACCUUACAGAAACGGCUAAAUAUCUACUAUAUAUCGACAAAGAUGUUAAGACAAAAAGAAAAACGUUGAGGUCCUGGCUAGUGUUCUCUUAUAAAUUAUAGUGGAAAGUAUACUCAACCUAAUGAGACGAUAGACCAAACACUAGGAGACACUUUCCAUAAUUGAAGUAACAGAUUUAAUGAUUUUGUUGCGAUACGCUUACCGUUUCUAUAAGGUUAAUUAGUAAGACAUUUAAGUAGUGCGCACGCUAAAACCUCUAACAGAAUACUAUUUUUAUACACUUCUAUCCUCUCCGCUCACACG